AUGAGUUUGGGAAUUAAAGUAUGCGAUAAUGUUAGGGCGUACCCCGCAGGCGACGCGCAGAUGCAGCACCCGGCGUCUGUGGGAAAUGGACAAGGGUUGCUGCACCAGGGACGGGGGCAGCGUAAGAGGCGAGUCCAGGAGGUGAACUUGAGGAUUGCGAGUUGGAAUGUGGGUACGAUGACUGGGAGAGGACGAGAGCUAGCAGAUGUUUUGGAAAGGAGACGGAUAAAUAUAGCAUGCUUGCAGGAGACGAAGUGGAAGGGACAGAGAGCAAGAGAAAUUGGGGCGGGUUAUAAGUUUUAUUAUUGCGGCUGCGAUGGGAAAAGAAAUGGCGUAGGUAUAGUGUUAGAUAGAGAGCUGAAGAACAAGGUGACGGAUGUGAAUAGAGUGAAUGAUAGAGUUAUUGUAGUAAGACUGUUGAUGGAAGACUCGGUUUUAAAUGUAGUUAGUGUGUAUGCGCCGCAAACUGGAUGCGAUGACAGUAUGAAAGAAAGGUUUUGGGAGGAUUUUGAUGCGGUUAUAAUGAGAAUACCAGAAUGUGAGGAAAUAUACAUUGGAGGAGAUUUUAAUGGACAUGUAGGAAGGAUGAAUGACGGGUAUGAAAGAGUACAUGGGGGCCGAGGUCACGGAGUCAGGAACCGAGACGGUGAAGCUCUACUGGAAGCAGCCUUGGCCUUUGACUUAGCAAUAGCCAACACAUUCUACCAAAAACGGGAACAACACCUUGUCACAUACCGUAGUGGUCUACACUCUACCCAAAUUGACUACAUUCUUUUAAGAAGAAACAGGCUAAAAUCGGCCAAGGACUGCAAGGUAAUACCGAGUGAGAGUCUUGUCUCCCAGCAUAGGCUACUGCUCCUGGAUUUAACUCUGAGAGUUCAGAGUUUAAAUAAGAGCCCGAAGCCCCCAGUUAGAACGAAAUGGUACAGACUGGAUGAUAGGAAGAUGGCUGCAGAAUUCCGGGAAAGAGUGAUUGGUAAACUGAUAGAGAUGGGAGAUAUGGUGGGGAUGGGAGUAAACGAGUGCUGGAGUGAGAUGGCAACGUGGGUGCGAAGUGUAGCAAGGGAUGUCCUAGGGGAAACGAAAGGGAAAAGAAAGAUAGAGAGGGAUACAUGGUGGUGGAAUGAGGAAAAUGGAAAAGCAGUUGGGCCAGAUGGUAUACCAGCGGAAAUACUUCAAAAUUUAGGUCGGCGAGGCACGAACGCGAUUACUGAAAUUUGUAACACCAUCUGGAAGACUGGAAGGUGGCCAAAAGACUGGACGGAAUCGGUGUUCAUACCCUUACAUAAAAAAGGUUCUUCGAAAGACUGUGGUAACUACAGGACGAUAGCGUUAAUAUCUCAUGCGAGCAAGAUCCUCCUCCAUGUGAUUAACCGACGCCUGAACUACUUUUUGAGCCGUCAAAUACCCGAAGAACAGGCAGGAUUUGUGAGAGGCAGAGGAACACGAGAGCAGAUACUCAACGUUCGGCAAAUCAUUGAGAAGAGUAGAGAAUUUAAUAGCCCAGUGGUCCUAUGCUUCAUUGACUACACUAAAGCCUUUGAUUGCGUCCAAUGGGACAAACUGUGGAGUGUGCUACUUGAGAUGGGAACUCCGGAACACCUCGUUGCGCUUAUUCACAAUCUGUACACUGAGAACCGUUCUUUCGUCAGGAUUGGUACGGAAUGCUCCAGUAUGUUCCAAACAAAGAAAGGUGUGAGACAGGGUUGUAUUCUGUCCCCCGCACUUUUUAACAUAUACGGAGAGUACAUUAUUAGAAAGACGAUUGAAAAUUGGAGGAAAGGUUUUCCUAUAGGUGGAAAAAGACUAUCAAAUCUCAGGUAUGCUGACGACACCAUUCUUCUCGCAACAUCCGUAGAAGAUAUGAGAGAGCUGUUCCAUAGGCUGGAGUCGGAAAGUCUAAAUAUGGGGCUUGCAGUAAAUUGAACGAAAACCAAGGUUAUGAUAGUGGAUCGAGCCGGAAACCUAUCAAAAGAUACUCUCAACAUUCCGGGCAUUGACACCGUCGAUCGCUACAUUUACCUAGGUGCCCAAAUCUGCAAUGACGGCAGUUGUGUCCCCGAAAUAAGAAGGCGUAUUGGGAUGGCAAAGGAUGCUAUGGCGCGUUUGAACAACAUCUGGAAGAAAAGGGGAAUCGGUAUCAGAACCAAGACCAGGCUGGUACGAGCCCUUGUUUUCCCUAUCUUCCUGUAUGGAGUUGAGACAUGGACAAUCCUGGCCCGAGAAAGGCAAAGGAUUGAUGCAUUCGAAAUGUGGUGCUGGAGGCGAAUGCUGAGAAUACCUUGGACUGCGAAACGCACUAAUGCGUCGAUCCUGGCCCAGCUCCAUAUCAAAACCAGGUUGUCCACCAUAUGCCGACGGCGUAUUUUGUCGUACUUCGGCCACACGAUGCGCAGAGGCGAUAAAAAUCUGGAGAGACUGAUUGUGGUUGGGAACACGGACGGCAAAAGAUCGCGCGGUCGUUUACCAACGAGAUGGGUAGACCAGGUCAAGAACUCAUCUGCCACUAGGUUAUACACGGUCGUAAGAGACGCCAUGGACAGAGACCGGUGGAGGCACAUCAUCCGCUCCAGAUGCAAAUAG